UCUGAGACAAUGAGUGCUACACGCCGCGUCUUGGUUUUGCAGCUCUGCCUCAUGGCCCUCUCUGGCUGUUACUGCCAAGGCACUCUCAUUGAAAGCCUAGAAAGUCUGAAGAACUAUUUUAACUCAAGUAGCAUGGAUGCUAUGGAAGGAAAGAGCCUCCUCUUGGAUAUCUGGAGGAACUGGCAAAAGGACGGUAACACGAAAAUACUUGAGAGCCAGAUUAUCUCUUUCUACCUCAGACUCUUUGAAGUCUUGAAAGACAACCAGGCCAUCAGCAACAACAUAAGUGUCAUCGAAUCGCACCUGAUCACUAACUUCUUCAGCAACAGUAAAGCGAAAAAGGAUGCGUUCAUGAGCAUCGCCAAGUUCGAGGUGAACAACCCACAGAUCCAGCACAAAGCUGUCAAUGAACUCAUCAGAGUGAUCCACCAGCUGUCACCAGAAUCUAGCCUAAGGAAGCGGAAAAGGAGUCGGUGCUGAUUCUGGGGUAGAGAGUGUGGCGAUAAGAAGAAUUCUGCCAGCACUAUUUGAAUUUUAAAACUAAACCUAUUUAUUAAUAUUUAAAUUUAUUUAUAUGGAGAAUAUAUUUUAGACUCAUCAACCAAAGAAGUAUUUAUAGUAACAACUUAUAUGUGAUAAGGAUGAAUUUCUAUUAAUAUAUGUGUUAUUUAUAAUCUCUGUGUCCUUAAUUAUUCCUCUUUGACCAAUCAUUCUUUCUGACUAAUUAACCCAGACUGUGAUUAUGAAGUUGUAUCUGGGGUGGGGGGACAGCCAACCAGCUGACUGAACUCACACUGUGGCUUGUACACUUACUUCACUUGCCAACAGGGAACAUUCAGAACUGCAAUGACCCCGUGAGGUGCUGCUGACCAGAGGAAAUGUCUAUACAUCGGGCCAGCGCUUUUAUAGCAGGUCAGACAGCACUUCAAUGUGUCAGAUAGUACAGACUGUCCCUCGGGGAAAAGCAUUGUCUCAGGAGAUUUUAAACCUGGUGCUUCCAUAUACUGCCAAAAACUGUGACUACACCCGAAUGACAAAACCUCACCCAUUUAUAGUGUAUCACUGUCUAAUUGCAUAUGAAUAAAGUUUGCUUU